UGGGAAAAGAUACCGCUCUCGAAUAAAUAGCCGGCGGGAACGAGGUUGUCCGGUCUUUCGGUACACACCUGCUCUGCGAUGACCGUGCUGGAGAUUGCGGUGGUGGUGGCCCUGUGCCUGGGGUCGGCGUCAGCGGCUUCCCUGGGGCCGGUGCUCACAGAGGGAGGCAUGGUAGAGGGGAAAAACAUUCACGUGGGGCUCUUCCGCUACAUGGACGUGUUCAAGGGGAUUCCUUUCGCCGCCCAGCCACAGCGUUUUGAGAAACCACAACCCCAUCCUGGCUGGGAAGGGGUACUGAAGGCCAAGAAGUUUGCCAGGAGGUGCAUGCAGGUGAAUCUAAUUCAGACUGAGACUCGUGGCAGUGAGGACUGCCUCUACCUGAACAUCUGGGUCCCGCAGGGCCGAUCGGUGUCCACCGGUCUGCCUGUUAUGGUCUACCUCUUUGGCGGUGGCUUUUUGGUCGGGGGGUCCAUGGGUGCCAACUUUCUGGACAACUACCUGUACAGCGGGGAGGAGAUUGCUGACCGGGGGAACGUCAUUGUGGUGACGGUGGGGUACCGCGUGGGCACCCUGGGGUUCCUCAGCAGCGGCGAUGCCAGCGGGCCAGGGAAUUAUGGGCUGUGGGACCAGCACGCCGGCAUCGCCUGGGUGCACCGGAACAUCAGGGCCUUCGGAGGCGACCCCGACAACAUCACCGUCUUCGGCGAGUCCGCCGGGGCCGCCAGCGUCAGCUUCCAGCUCCUCUCUCCCAAAAACAGGGGUCUGAUCCGCAGGGGCAUCUCUCAGAGCGGGGUGGCCCUCAGCCCCUGGGCCGUGAACAGGAACCCGCGGGCGCUGGCAGAGGAGAUCGCCAUUAAGGUGGGCUGUCCCACAGAUGAGAAGAUGAUGCCGUGUCUGAAGAUCACAGACCCUGUGGCUCUCACUCUGGCUGGCACUCAAAACCUGGACGGCUCUCCAUCCAACCCCAUCGUGUUCAACCUGCUCCUGACACCUGUGAUCGACGGGGACUUCCUGCCGGACGAGCCGGGAAACCUGUUCCACAACGCCGCCGACAUCGACUACAUCGCAGGCAUCAACAACAUGGACGGCCACCUCUUCUGCGGCAUCGACGUGCCCUCGAUCAACCAGCCCCUGCAGCCCACGCCCCCGGAGGUGGCCAUGGAGCUGCUGAAUGCUCUGACCAAGGAGAAGGGGCCGGAGGCGGCCAGCCUCGCCUACAAGGAGUACACCCAGAGCUGGGGCUCCACCCCCAGCAAGUCCACCAUCAAGCAGACCAUCACUGAGAUCGAGACCGACUUCAUCUUCCUGGUGCCCACCCAGGCUGCUCUCUACCAGCAUGCUAACAUGUCCAAAACCGGGCGCACGUACUCCUACCAGUUCUCCGUGCCGUCCCUGAUCACCACCUACCCCAGCUGGAUGGGGGCCGACCACGCCGAUGAUCUGCAGUACGUUUUCGGGAAGCCCUUCACCACGCCCCUCGCCUACUCCCCCCGCCACCGCGAUGUGUCCCGCCACAUGAUCGCCUACUGGACCAACUUCGCCAGAACUGGUGACCCCAAUAAAGGAGAGUCCGAUGUCCCCGUCGCCUGGCCUCGUUUCACCGGCUCAGGACACCAGUACCUGGAGAUCAACGAGAAGAUGAACAGGGACUCGAUCAGGCAGAAGCUGAGGACCCGCUUCGUUCAGUUCUGGACCCAGACAUACGCCCUGCUCCCCACCAUCAAAAGCCCCUCGGCAGAGUAGUCGGCCUCGCGGCGGGAUUCCGGAACCUUCCCCGGGAGCAUGCGCCGCGUGUUCCGCUGGAUCCUAAGAAGCCGAGCGUAAUUGCUAAUGAUGCGGCCGCCUCUGGACCACCGUGAUUUUGCAAAGCUGGUACUGCUUGCUAGUUUGUAAGCCAAUGAGUGAUAAUACACUCUACGCAUUUUCCCUCGAGCAGAUAGACAAUGAGCAAUAAACCAAGAAAAGCAUGA